AUGCUAAUGAUCAUGGGCGGGGUUGUGGAGAACAGGGAAGGGGCAGGGCUCCACCUGCCAGGCCGGUGUUUGCUGAGUGGGCGGGGCCAAGGGGGGCAGGGUUCUUGGCAUCAGUGGGGUGUGGACCAUUGGGAGGCGUGUCCUGACAAGGCCCCACCCCCAGACGGGCUGACCGUGUCCCACCUGCCCCAUGGCCCCACCGCCCACUUCACCCUGAGCGGGGCCGUCCUGCGCCAGGAGGUCGGGGGGCUCGGGGGGGCCCCCCUGGCUGCCCCCCACCUGCUGCUGCUGCGCCUCGACUCCACCCUCGGCAAAAGGGUUGGGACCAUCCUGAAGCACCUGUUCCCCGUGCCCCGCCCCGACAGCCGCCGCGUGGUGACCUUUGCCAACGAGGAUGACGUCAUCCUCGUGCGGAACCACGUGUACCGGCGCCGGGGCCGGACGGUGGAGCUGGAGGAGGUGGGACCGCGGUUCCAGCUGCGCCCCUACCUGAUCCGCCUGGGCACGCUGGAGCAGGGGGAUGCAGCGGACGUGGAGUGGCGCUGGCACCCCUACACGGCCACGGCCCCCAAGCGCCGCCUGCUCAGCGCCACCUGAGCCCCCCGGACCUGCCCUGGGCCCCCCCAGGCAGCUGGGACCCUCCUGGAAACCUGGCACCACCCAGGCAGCUGGGACCCUGUUGGUUGGCUGGGACCCCCCCAGGCUCCAGGGCCCCCCUGGGUCCCCCCUGGGUCCCCCCAGAACCCCCCCGGGUGUUUCACACACCUGGGAGUCACAGAAUCAUUUUUUAUUUGUCACAAUAAAGCUUUUUUGGCUAUUUUGAGCUCUGUGGUGAUUGGCCAGGCUCUGCUGCAGCCCCUCCCUGGCAGGAGGGCCCCAGGGGUCCGUCCCCCCUUCACACCCGGGACCACUCGGCCGGGGGGUCCCGUGGGCCCUUGGGCUUCCCAAUGCGGAAGUUAAACCCUGGGGUUGGGGGAGACAGGGAGACACUGAGGGGGGGCAAGAUGCCCCAUGUCCCCC